AAAAGAGGCUGUAGAAUACGCAAUUGUUCUGCUUUACGUGAUCUGCAGCCGCGAUGGAUGACAAGAUUCAGGACCCCGUGGUACGGGCACUGGCAGAGUAUAUCAAGACGCCACAGUUCCAGUGCCAGUUCGAGCAGUUCUUUUUGGAUCAUGCACUCACCUUCACGGAUGCCCUGGAACACCAGCUCGCAUAUAUGACCAUCUAUGUGGAGUUCCAGCACAUGUUCAACGAGCACAUGAAGAUCUUCCUGACGCAGCAAGGAGUGACGGAGGACGAGUUUGCGGAGCACUGCCAAAAGGCCAUGAAGGUUGAUCCGAAAGUGGAACAGUACCUCGAGAUCGUGAUCGCGUCCAUGGACUACGACGCGUUUAUCGGUCUGAUGAAGUCGAUGCGAGCACGUGCUUCGGUCGAGAACCGUCGCGCCGAUGCCAAAGACUGUGAUACUACUUCGAGGAAUUGUGGGAAACGCAAGAGCUCAGAGGGGAAGCUCAGCAAGGACGAGGAGGGCCCAGAGGAUGUUGAAGACGAUGGAGGGGCAAAGGGGACGAAGGCUACCAACAACGAUGAAAAGGAUGCGGUAGCGAUGGACCACAAAGACAGCAAGUAG